CGCCCAGGACGCCAGAUCCCGUGACCGUCCGCCAGCCCGCAGCAGAUAUGCAGUCCCCGGCGGUGCUCGUCACCUCCAGGCAAGUUCAGAAUGCGCACACAGGCCUCGACCUGACCGUACCACAGCACCAGGAGGUGCGGGGUAAGAUGAUGUCCGGCCACGUGGAGUACCAGAUCCUGGUGGUGACCCGGUUGGCUGUGUUCAAGUCAGCCAAGCACCGGCCUGAAGAUGUCGUCCAGUUCUUGGUCUCCAAAAAAUACAGCGAGAUCGAGGAGUUUUACCAGAAACUGUCCAAUCGUUACCCAGCAGCCAGCCUGCCCCCACUGCCUAGGAAGGUGCUGUUUGUCGGGGAGUCUGAUAUCCGGGAAAGGAGAGUCAUGUUUGAUGAGAUCCUCCGCCGCGUCUCCCAGGACGCCCAGCUGGCAGGCAGCCCAGAGCUGCUAGAAUUCUUAGGCACCAGAUCCCCCGGGGCUACGGGCCUUGCCACCCGAGAUCCCUCUGUCUUGGAUGGCACAGCCAGCCAGCCAGGGGACAGGGAUGAGGCUUUCGACUUCUUUGGGCAACAGGAUGAUGAAGUGCAGCCUCCCACGCUGAGCCUGAGCCACAAAGAUGUGGAGAAGCCCUUGGAUGAAGAGGAGGAGGAGGAAGAAGAGGCGCUGGACCCCCUGGGCAUCCUGCGCUCCAAGAAGCCCAAGAAACACCCAGAAGUGGCUGUGAGGCCCAAGCCUUCACCGAGGCUCACCAUCUUUGAUGAGGAGGUAGACCCUGACGCGGGGCUCUUCAGCUCAGACAAGAAGGUGUCUCCCCGGAGACCUCUGGAGACCACACAGGACCCCCUGAAGCUCUUUGACGACCCUGACCUUGGCGGGGCUGUCUCCCUGGGUGACCCUUUACUGCUGCCGGCUGCCCGCGAGAGCAGAGGGCCCACAUCCCGCCCAGUCCACGGAGAUGCCUCCUCCACGGAGCUGUUCAGAGUUGAAGAGGACCUGGACCAGAUUCUGAACCUGGGAUCUGAACCAAAACCCAAGCCCCCAACUAAACCCAAGCCUCUAGUCCCAGCUAAACCAGCCUUGCCCAGGAAACCAGUGCUGCCCGCGUCAGUGGGCCCGUCAGAAACUGGGGCUGGACCACAGAAGCAGCAGCAGCAGAUCCAAGCUAUGGAUGAAAUGGACAUCUUGCAGUAUAUCCGGGACCAUGACACACUUGCCCAAGACUCCCCCAGCCUCUUCUGACAUCCCCACAGCCCUGCCCUUCCACCUGCACUGGGCCUCGGGAGGAGGCCUGCAUGUGAAUAUGUGGGUUCUGCUUGCAAGGCAGGGACCACCAAUAGAGGUGGAACUCUGGACCGCCCAGUCCCAGUACCACAUCCUUUCCUUUUCUCCUGGCCUACGGGAUGGACAAGGACUCUCUGCAGAAGGAAGAGCUGGAAACACUGUAGGAAUCAACGCAGUGGGCUGUGAAGAGGAGGCUUGUCUUGAGAUCAGAGGACAGUGUCCCCCUCAGCCCCAUCAAGGGAAAGGACAUCUUCCACAUACUUGUGCCCACUGCCUCUGCCAGCUCAGCAUGGGAAGGAGUGCUUAUCCUGAGGCUAGGCUGGGCUAAAGAUGUACCUGAGACAGGCUACUCUGGCCUCUCUCCUUGACAUAGCUGCUAGGGCGCCAAGGUUGUUCUGAAGAUAGCCCAGCUCUCCAGACUGCCCUGGCCCAAGUCCCUUCUCACUCUCCUGGCUUCCAAUGCUAAGAAGAGAACGUAGGCCCAACUUGCCUUUCUAGGGCACCGAGGGCUUGCAGGACCCCAAGCCUUCCACCACCUUUCCACCAGCCUGGCCAGCCCAUGGCCCUUUGGAUGUGGCUUUCAACAGAGUACAUCUUAGCACCUCCCAGACUUCAGCCCAUGGGGUUUGAGGCUCUGAGGCCUGGUCUGCCUUCAGGAUCUGAACUUACUUUCUAGCCUUUCUCCAGUGGAGGCACCUUGAGGGAGAAGGAGCUGUGCCCCAGGGCAACCCUGUGCCUUCCACUAGAUGGUGUUUUGUGGAACAAAGAACGUUAGAGUAUAUUCUUUGUGUCAGGAACUGGGUUUUUUAAAUGAAACACUUAGGUUUUGUUUUGUUUUGUUUUGUUUACAAAACGGAGCCAUUUGUGCUUCACAGAGGCAUUAGAAGGGCCCAGUUGGGACCAAGAGUCCCUUUCCGGAGUCCCUGAGUGGCACAGUUCAAUUGUUUGUUGCCUUCAGUGUCUUGGGUCCCCAGCUCUUACCCUGUAGGAAGACCUACUGGAUCAGACUAGGAGUAGUCUGGUCUGUCUUUCAUCUCACCAUGUCCCUUGGCACCUGCCUGGUUCUGAGCAGGCCACCCGCCCAGGCUGAAUGAGUGGACAUAGCCGGUCGGUUCUAGGUAGAGGACCAGAGGACCCUGCUUUACUAGGUUAAGGGUCUCCCCAGAGCCUAGAACUGACUCUAGAUAGCCCCCACCCCAACUCUACGCCCCUUUCACCAGCGGGCCUUCACCCCCUCCAUCUCUCGGUGCCUAGCUCUCAGCCCGGUGCCCAGAAGCCCCUUCCUCACUGACUGCAAAGGAUAGUUCACGUGGCCUGGUCUUGUGUGGAGCCACCCUACUGUGUCCCUGGGCGUCUUUGGACCCUUCUCCCUUUAUCGCCAUUCCUCCGUGCCUUGGCUAGCAGCUCUCUACCUCUUUCAUACACACCUUGCACCUGCUUUGGGUGACAGAUGACAUAGGAGCCAUGGGUGUGUCAGGGCUUGGAUGACCAUGGACUGAUCCCCACCUGGGGUCCCUAACACUACCUGACCUGACCUACCACUGUCUAGUGUGGUUUUGCCCACUAGUGGGGACUUGUCUGCUGUGGAGCUUUUGGGACAUCCUGGCGUGGUUGUUUGCCCCACAGAUAGCAUUUUUCCAAUCAUGACUUAUUUUGAUCACUGGUCUGUGGACAACAGCCAAACUGUCUCCCAGUUAUCCAGUAAAGUUUGUGUGGACAAAGCCAGAA